AUGGGAAUGCUUGAAGUUGCGGCGCACAAUAACCUAGCUGCUGCAUUCUCCCCUGCGACUGCUUGCCUCAAGGCAAGCAGCAAGCAAUUAAUAACAACCAAUAUAUCCACUAAUAAGAUGAUUGAAAAUAGCAGUGUGGCGUUUCGCGUGCCCACCGAGAGUCUGGGGUUAGCAGCGAGGAGGCUUGCCGAUCAUCAGCAGCUGCCCGCCAAGUGGCUGAGACCCGAAGCCACUCUAGUCUUUGUCUGUACUUCGUACAGUACCCCCCGGUGGCUCGAUCGUGUCCACUCCACCGCUCGAUCCUGCGUCGACGAUGAAUUCGAUGGAUUCGUGCAUCCGGCGAUGCGGUACAUGGAUUCUAAGGACCGGCAUUGCGGCCAUGGCGGGUACACGUCGGACAUUUUCUCAUUAAAAGCUUCUAAUACCCGACCAGCUUCCUCGCCAAGGGACAUGAGUUUUCCGCGGUCAAGUCAGUCGUAUUUGAUGGCCGUGAGUAACUCGUCCAGCGGGUUGGAGACUGGCUGGACGGGAGGAACCCAUGCCGACGCUAGAGGACUCACAGGCGCUACUGUCGAAUGCGGAACUGAUGUCCGUGGUGUGGCAAGGCUGAAGUGA